UUCAGUUUGGCAAUAUGAUUCUGUGCCUUGUGGAUCUGGGUGUCUGGGAUGGGCUAGAAUACAACGGUUAUGGCUGUUACUGUGGCAAAGGAGGCUAUGGCACAGCGCUGGAUGCUACCGACCAAUGCUGUGUAGAACACGAUAACUGCUACGGUAGAGCUCCAGUGGAGGGCGGAUGCAAUACCUUGGAUACCUACCUGAUCGACUACGACUACGAAAAAACCACUGACGCUAAUGGCAACUGUGCCAUCAAAUGCAAGGCAGAAGCCGACUACGGGUUUUUCUCCAUCAAUUCCCAAUGCAAAGCCUUCAUGUGUGAAUGUGACCGCAAGGGGGCGGAGUGCUUCGCCGCCAAGCGGGGCUCGUUUAACCCCGACUAUGUCAACUAUGACAAGAACGGUAAAUGCUGAGCAUGUAGGCCUACUCCCGAGGUUGGUCCGAACACAGCGAUUUCAAAUCCAGAGAUACCCUUUUAGGGAUUAAUUCCUCAGUAAUAAUUUAUUCUUUAAACCUAGUUAUCAAAAAAUGG